AUGGUACGGGACAAGGGACUUGAACCCUUACGCUUUAAGGCACCAGAUCCUAAGUCUGGCGCGUCUACCAUUCCGCCAGCCCCGUUUGACUUUUUUAGUAAAUCUAAAGAAAUAAAUGAAAUAUUAAGAGAAGAAUUAUUAAUUCCUUUAAAUAUUAGCCCUGAGGAAUUGGCCAAGGAAAUUAAAGUUUCCAAGGAACAAAUUAAAUGA